AUGGGAAAUGAUUUUGAUUGUGUUGAUAUCUACAAACAACCUGCUUUUCAACAUCCUUUCCUCAGAAACCACAAAAUUCAGCUUGUUCACUUAGAUACAACUCAAGAUAUGACGUUUCGUGGGGCAAGCGCAAGAAUUAGCUUGUACAAUUUAUCUUUACAAGCAGAUCAAUUUAGCAUAUCUCAAAUUUGGCUUCGAAGUGGUCCACAUGAUGAACUUAAUAAUAUACAAGUUGGAUGUGGUGUAUAUCCAAAUUUAUAUGGAGACAGUCAAUUACGACUAACUAGCUAUUGGACGGCAAAUGGUUAUAAAACUGGAUGCUAUAAUGUCAAUUGUCCGGGUUUUGUGCAAGUCAGUCCAGAUUUCCCCAUGGGAUCUACCUUUGGACCGGCAAGCGCCAUUGGAUCAGAUGAGAAACUUGAUUUGCUUUUCAAAGUCCAACAGGAUCGAACAACAGGUAAUUGGUGGUUAAUCACAGGUGAUAAUCAUAUUCUUAUAGGGUAUUGGCCUAAAAACAUAUUCACUCACUUAAAAGACGGGGCAUCUUUGAUUCAAUAUGGCGGUGAAACUUAUACUACUCCAAAUUUGAUGAGUCCGCCAAUGGGUAGUGGGAGACUGCCCCGUGAACAUUUAAAAAACGCAGCUUACUUCAGUACGAUUAAAAUUGUGGAUUCAGAAUACAAUGAAGUUGACAUACAACGAGGAGAUAUGAAGACUUAUAUUCUUACCAACCCAAAUUGUUAUGAUCUCUUGUACCAAGGUUAUGAAGGCAAGCAAGAUAGACAAGCUUUUCUCUUUGGUGGGCCAGGCGGUCAAUGUGGGCCAUAA